CGCCCCCCCGGCAGGGCCCCGUCGCUGCCACCCCCCUCUGUCCCAGCGCCCUCCCCUCGUGUCACUGUCCCCACGCAGCGCCGUGGCCGCCCCCGGCUGUGCACACGCGUGUUCCCGUCCCGCUGGUGGCCAUGCCGGGGGGGGCCUCAGCUGUCCCCAGGUGUCCCCAAGCGUGCCCCCACUGCCUCCCCGCUACCCCUGAGUGGGGGCACUGGGACAAGCCCACCCUGGGACACCUCGGGACCCCUCCGGGGGACACGGGAGCCCCUCGGCAGCCCCGGAGCUCGGUGCCUCGGUGACAGGAGGUGGCGGUGGAGGGGUGUCCCCUGUGGGACUCCCCCGAGGGCCCCCCCAGCCCGGGCGGCCCCGCUGCCGCCGUCAGUCAGCGCUGGCCCCAUUCCCGGCCCCGGAACAUGGAGGGCCCCGAGCUGCUCCGGCUCUGGGUGCUGGCAGCCCUGGCCCUGGGGGGGUCCCAAGCCACUGUCCUCGACCACCACGUCCUCCCCGACCUCCGCCUCUCCGCUGAGACCGGAGCCAUCUUCGUGCACGAGCUGGAGAGGGAGCUGUUCCUGGAGGCCUUCCCAGGGAGCGAGGAUGAUGAUGCCCCUGUGACCUUCCGAGCCCACCUGUGGGACCACCCGGACCUGCCGCGGUGGCUGCGCUUCGCCCAGCGGGACCCCGGCCAGCCCGGCUUCCUGUACGGCUGCCCCCUGGCCCCCGAGCUGGGCACCCACAGCAUCCAGGUGCUGGCCUACAACCGUCACACCUUCGCCACCGUGUCCCAGCGCCUCCUCAUCAGUGUCACCCCCGCCCCAGGUGGGGACGCCCCGUUCCAGGCCGAGUUCCUGGUGGGGAACAGGAACGUGGAGGAGCUGCUGCCGGAGGCGGCGCGGGAGAUGUUCCUGCAGGCCUCGGCCGGGGUCUGGGAGCGCGGGGACCUGCACAUCAUCAACGUCACCUCUGCCCUGGACCGCGGCGGCCGCGUCCCGCUGCCCAUCGAGGGGCGCCGGGAGGGGGCGUACGUCCAGGUGGGCUCCCACAGCCCCUUCUCGCCGUGCCUGGCGUCGGCCGUGUCCCCGCAGAGCCGCUCCCGCUGUCACCGGGGCCAGCGUCCCCUCGCCUCCUGCUACGACACCUUCGCCCCCCACUUCUCCAUCCGCUGGUGCAACCUCACCCUGCUGCAGGUCUGGCCCAGCCCCACGACGCCGGGGCCGCUGUGGGGGUCCGGGGUGCUGGAGGACGGGGGGGGUUUCGAGCCCCCCACCGAGGUUGUCCCCCGGGAGCUGCUGCCCGGGUUCCUGGUGACGCUGCUGGUGCCGCUGGCGGUGGCCGCGCUGCUCUGCCUGCUCCUGGGCCACCUCAUGUGCUGCCGCAGGGAGGGAGUGGAAAAACGGGACUUGCAGACAUCUGACAUCCAGCUGGUCCAUCACAGCUCCAUCCACGGGGACACGCGCGAGCUGCGCCUCAUGGCCGGGAGCCGGGACGUGCCCCGGCCCCUGUCCACCCUGCCCAUGUUCAAUGUCCGCACGGGCCAGCGCAUCAACCCCAUGCCCGGCCCCCGCGACGGGGCCCGCGUCCCGCUGCUGCCGCAGUGAGGGGACCCCCGGGGCGCGGGGACAGCCCCAGCGCUGGGAAAGGGGUGUCCGGGUGGCUUUGGGGGGGACAAAGCCCCGGCAGCGCCAGGAGGAGUUGCCCGCCCGGCUGGGCUCUGCCCAGAGGAUUUGGGCUAUCCUUGCUUUGGGGUGAAUUUUGGUGAAUAAAUUGACUCUUUAGGGAUGAAA